GGCAGUGUAGUGUUGAAGAAACAAUAUGGGCAUUCCACAUGUACUGGCCAUACCUUAUCCAGCACAAGGUCAUGUACUUCCCCUAAUGGAACUUGCCUUGUGCCUAGUCAAGAGUAGUAUCAAGGUUACAUUUGUGAACACGGAAUUUGAUCACAAACGAGUCAUUGAAUCAUUAUCAGGUGAAGGAAAUGUACCAGAUAUGAUGCAUCUGGUAUCUAUCCCAGAUGGCCUGGAAUCCUGGGAAGAUAGAAAUGACCUGGGGAAGUUAACAAAGACAAUUUUUCGUGUUAUGCCUGCAAAGUUGGAGGCUCUAAUGGAGAAGAUAAAUGAAUCUGAAACUGAGAAAAUCACAUGCCUUAUUACUGAUGAGAGCAUGGGUUGGGCACUGGAGAUCGCGAAGAAAAUGGGAGUCAAGGCUGUGGCCUUCUGGCCUGCAGCAGCAGCUGUAUUGGCUCUGGAACUCAAUAUUCCAAAGUUCAUUGAUGAUGGAAUCAUAGACAGCUCUGAAAGUGUCUUGAAGAAGCAGAUGGUUCAGUUAUCACCUACCAUAUGAGCUAUGGACUCUGCACACUUUGUUUGGGCCUGUAUUGGUGAUCCGACCACACAGGGAAUUAUUUUUGAUGUUAUAUUAAAAAAUAUCAGAACACUAAAAUUGGCUGAUUGGAUUAUCUGCAACUCAAGUAAUGAG